AUGUCUGUUGCCUGGAAUGUGCAAAACGGAGAGCUCGAUGCUGUGAAGCAGACCGUUAAUGACCAGAACGUUCAUGAGGUCUAUAACGGGCGGACUGCUGUUCAAAUCGCCGCCGACUAUGGUCAAACUGCUGUCAUCGAGUAUUUGAUCAGCAUUGGAGCUAACAUCCAGGAUAAGGACAAGUACGGAAUCACUCCACUGUUGUCCGCAGUCUGGGAAGGCCAUAUCGAUUCGGUCAAAUUGCUUCUUCAACACGGUGCCGACCGCACUGUCCAGGCUCCGGAUGGCACAGCUCUUAUCGAUUGCACCGAGGAAGAGUCGAUCCGCGAACUGCUCAAAAACUAG